CUUCUGCUUCAGUUUUUAGGUGUUUGCCGCAGUCAGAGGGGCGAGCCUUGAAGGCUGGGUGCUUUCUGAGGUACUCUGAUAAAAAUUUUCUCAACCCAGAACAAAGGAAGAGACGAUCCAGAGGUCAGGGGUUAGGGCGCGGGACAAUGGCAUUAAUCGUGACCUUUCUUAGUUCUAUUGCCAUCUUAGGAGUUGGGGCAGCUAUGGCAGUCUAUAUCUGCAAGCAGAGAAAAUUGCAGAAGAGAAGAGCUUCAAAUGAUGUCAAGAAAUGGGUUAAGACCGUCCCCAAUAAUAGCAUACAUUUCAAAUUCUCUGUGAUUGAGAAGGCCACGGAACAUUUUGCCAACGCCAACAAGCUCGGGCAAGGUGGAUUUGGAACCGUGUAUAAGGGAGCUCUUGCAGAUGGGAGAGAGAUAGCUGUGAAGAGAUUGUUCUUUAACAACAAGCACAGAGCACAAAAUUUCUACAAUGAAAUUAACAUCAUAAGUAGCGUGCAACACAAUAAUUUGGUCAGAUUAUUGGGAUGCAGCUGUUCGGGACCUGAAAGCCUUCUUGUCUAUGAAUUCCUACCUAACCAAAGUCUUGACCGCUUCAUCUUUGACCCAAACAGAGGUAAAACACUAAACUGGGAGAAGAGGCAUAAGAUUAUCAUUGGGACAGCGGAAGGCUUGGUCCACCUCCACGAGAAUUCCAAUAUUAGAAUCAUUCACAGAGAUAUUAAAGCAAGUAAUAUUUUACUGGAUUCAAGAUUCUGUGCUAAAAUUGCAGAUUUUGGGCUAGCCAGAUCUUUCAAAGCAGAUGAGAGCCACAUCAACACUGCCAUUGCAGGAACUCUAGGGUAUAUGGCUCCAGAGUACAUAGCCUAUGGCCAGUUAACUGAGAGGGCGGAUGUCUAUGGUUUUGGUGUGCUUCUGUUGGAGAUAAUUACAGGAAGGCAGAACAAUAGGAGGGAAAACUUUGAAGAAAGCCUAAUCACAAUUGUCAGUUUCAUAAAACUUUGCAUCUUUUCAGACAUUUCAAUCAGCAUAAUCUUACAAUUCCCUGGUCUUAUUAUGUUGGGUGAACAGGUGUGGCAACAUUUUCAACAGCAUACGGCAGAGGAAGUAUUUGACCCAAACCUAAUGUUGCAGGAUCUUCCAGGCAGCUAUACUACGAAUGAGAUUUUGAGGGUGGUGCAAAUAGGACUUCUGUGCAUCCAGGAGACUCCAUCAUUGAGACCAACAAUGUCCAAGGCACUACAUAUGUUGAGGAACAAGAAGGAUGAAUUACCAACACCCAUGAAACCUCCCUUCAUGGGUGAGGAGACCAUGCAAUUUUAUGACGCUAGUGACAACCUAUGUUUCCCCCUCAAUGCAACAGCAUGUACUUCAAAUGCAACCAUCUCCCAUAGUUCAUUUUACCCCAGAUGAAGUUAAAAGUGUGGCCAACAUAGAAUAUUCGAAUCUCAAGUGUUGCUAUGUCCCACAAAAUAACAAUUUUUAUGUUUAGGGUCAGCAGCAGAAUCAUGAUGCGGAAGCUCUCUGAAAAAAAAAAUUAAAAAAAAAAAAAAACAUUUUAUUUCAUU